AUGAGUUCCAAGUUCAUCAUCGAUAGCAUGCUCCCCAAAUACCACCAGCAAUUCCACCAUCAGAACUUAUUCGCGGGUGCUGGAGCGUCGCCUAUAGAGGCUUCACUUUCGUCUUCUUUGUCGUCGUCGCUUUCGACGUCCCUGUCGUCGUCGUUAUCUGGCGGCCUGGGGGCGGCAGCGCUGGGGGCCGGCUCGCCAGGCGCCGGGAGCCCGCAGCGCUCUUCCUCGUCAUCAUCAGCGUCGCCGGGAGCGCCGGCGAGGAUGUAUCCGUACGUGUCACACCACCAGCAGUUCGGUGGAUCCGUGCCAUUCCCAGCUGGCAGCGGCUUGUCAGCAGACGAUAAGAGCUGUCGGUAUCCAACCGCGGUGGGCGCCGAUCCGAUGGUGAACUACGCGCUGGGCCAGCAUAACGGCGGGGCGGCAGUGUCCGCGGCUUCAGCGAGCAUGGCUGCAGCUGCCCAGUUCUACCACCAGGCGGCAGCAAGCGCGGCCUCAGCAGCAUCAGCGGCUUCCGUGGACGCCAUGGGUGCCGCUUGCUCUCAACCAUCGGCACAGCCCCUGCCAGAUAUACCACGCUAUCCUUGGAUGUCCAUUACUGAUUGGAUGAGCCCCUUCGACCGCGUGGUCUGCGGUGAGUUCAAUGUUAUAUUUGAUAGUACCGAAGGAGAUCCUAAGCAAACUAUCAAAAAACAUUACGGGGUGCAAAUAACAACGAUCAUGGCGUAUGUAAUGAAAUUUUGCAUCGGGAUUAUUCGUUGGGUGGCGGCGCGCGCCGCGAGGGCGGCAAUCGAUGUAGAGACGGGACGCGCGCCCCGACGCCAGACCGACAGACGCCCAGAGACGCCGUGCCUGGCCACACGUCCUCACUCGCGCGCCGCCCUCGCCAACCUCCAAUGUUUACUUCGCACGCCGCGAACAGCUGACGGACCGGUAAGUCACGUGCUUUGUCUCAUAAACGCGAACAACUACGCCGCUUCUCGCAUCGUCCACGUCUCUUCUAGUGCUCCGAAAUAA